AUGGCCUCAAAUCGGCACCAGAAGGUUCCUGUGCUGCUCCUUAAGACCAAGUCGAUGCCCACCGAUACCUACGAGGAGCUCUUCUCUGCCUCGCUCGACGGUUUCGACUUCGAACCCAUCUUCGUCCCCGUCCUCCAGCACAGAUUCGACCAUGGCGGUAUGCGGCAAGUCGACGCAUUGCUACGAGGGCGGCGGAUAAGCAAUAAGUUAGACGCCGCGUACGGCGGCCUCGUCUUUACCUCCCAAAGGGCCGUAGAGGCGCUCUCCAAGUUGGUCGAGGAUGGUAAAGGCGACGAAGGUUGGCCGCAUCUUCAGGAUGUGCCAAUCUACUCCGUCGGUCCCGCCACCACCCGCGCCUUGAAGGCAAUCCCGCAGACCCCCCCCCUGCAGAUCUUUGGCGAGCACACCGGAAACGGCGACGCGCUCGCCCAGUUCAUAUUGGACCAUUACGGCGAGUGGUACCGUGACCGAUCAACGAAGCCCCCGCUGCUCUUCAUGACCGGCGAGCAGCGGCGCGACAUUAUACCGAAGACGCUGACGGACGAGAACCUACCGGACGACCGACGCAUCGGGGUCACAGAGGUCGUGGUAUACGGCACGGGCGUGAUGGAGUCAUUCGCGGACGACUUUGCCCGUGUGCUCGAGGAGACGGCGGGCCGACGAUCGAGGUGGGUCGUGGUGUUCUCGCCGACGGGCUGCGACAGCAUGCUCAAGGGGCUGGGGGUGUUGGACGAUGGAAACGAGACGGCCAAGGUUGCCAAGGGGUCGCGAGGGGAAGAAGGGGAGAAGAGGCGGACGACGUACGUCGCUACGAUUGGGCCGACGACGCGGAACCAUCUCACGAGGACGUUCGACUACGUGCCCGAAGUGUGUGCCGAGCAUCCCAGUCCUGAAGGAGUCUGGGAGGGCAUAACAGCGUUUGCAAAAGGGCUGGUCUAG